GUGGUUAGGACUGUCUAGGAGUCUUCGGUUAGUCACUGCGCUCUGUGAGGUAGUCUGCAAUAGACUGGUUGCGCCGCACAGGUCCACAAGUUGCCUCCUCAUCUCCCCUGUCUCUGAGCUCUCCCUCUGCUCUGCUCUGCUCUGCGCCCAGCUGAAGUCUGCCUGCAUUCUAUCCUGCCGUCCACUUCUAGCAGGUGUGAAUUGGACAUCUCUUGCUGAUCGCCCCUCCGGCUGGUUACCUUCACUAUCCUGAGUCCCUCCAGGGGAGCGCGGCCUUCACCCAACUACCAACGACCACCCACUCACUACUGCAGCGUAGCCCCAUCUCAGCAGCAGUAAGGAGUGACCCCUUCCCCGCGGUACCCAAUGGCAGACGGUCGGCAGCCCGAUGACAGCGCCCCGCAGUGGGCUCCCCCAGGGGCCCAAGGCCCCCCGCCCCCCGCCUCCGCCGCCACCGCACACGGAGAGAACGGCUUCUCCUCCUCCUACAGGGCGUGCCAGCCCAAGGAGAACGGCUUCAAUGGAGACAUGACCUCCGGACACGCCGUCACGGCAGAGCAAGUGUCAGCGCGGAUCGUGCAGGAGGUGACAGCUGAGGCGGUGGCGGUGCUGAAGGGAGAGCAGGAGCUGCAUCCAGGCACCGCCGUCAGGAUCCCCUCAGUUGAAGACUCUGCCAACCUCCCCCCCUCCCCCCCACCUUCUCCUGCAGCUGAGCACUUCGGACCACUGGAACCAGAUGUAGGGGAUGAGGAGGAGGCCGGGCCUCUGCGCCGCUUCCAAAAUUCUCGCGAGAGGUGCAAGUUCCUCGCCCCCUCCAUCUCUGUGUCUGUGCCCGAGGAUGACCCGUACCACUCCGAUGAGGAGUACUAUGAGCACCCCUUGUUCAGCCCAGAGUGGACGCGGUCCGGCACUCGCCCCCCGGGGCAGGGCUCCCCAUUUAGACAGAUCGAAGAAGAAGAGACCGUAGAGGCUCUUACAACUGCCGAGGAGGAGUUGGAGGAGUUGGAGGAGUUGGAGUUGGAGGAGGAGGAGGAGGAGGAGGAUACUACAGAGGCAGCGACAGCAGCAGCUUUUGAGGAGCCUGAGGAGGAGCAGUGGAGCGGGGAGGAACCUGACGAUCAGGGCUCCCCAGCUCCCGAGCUCCUAGAGCAGGCUGAGGUGACAGGCGAACCCCAGGCUGAGCCCGGCCUGCUGCAGGCCAAGGUCACCGAGGUGGAGGCAGCUAGUGCUGCCACCACCGCCACCCCCACGCAACGAGAAGAUACAAAUGGGAGAAGCCAUGAUGAGGCAGGUUGGGAGGAGGAGAGGCCAGACGAAGGUGUGUCCUCCCCGCUGCUUAAUAAGCCUGCAUGUCCGCUCCCUGUCUGACCAAAACAAAUGCAGCAGUUUUUAGCUGUAGCCUUAUAAGUGAAUGCGGAGGAAUGCUGCAAAACGUUGCAAACGCUGCAAAAGAUUGCAAAGCAAAAAAAAAAAAACAAGUCUCUGCUGAAGCUGCAAGGCAACACAGGCUUGCUGGUGAUUUGCUUCCGUGGCAAGAGCUUUUUUUUCCUGUUCUUUUUUCAUACUCUCUCUUUUUUUGCUCUUCUUUUUCAUCCUCUGUUCCUAAUCACUGUUUCUGAUGCAGCAGUCAAGUAUGCUGGUAACCCCGCCGCCAAAGUCUUAACAGUUUCUUCCUUUCUCUCUGUCUCUGAUGCUUCAACUGCCAGGCUGACUUUUCUCGUUACUUGCAGCCCAUUGCCAUCAUGUCAUUUUGCCAGUUACUACAUCGCCACUGUGGUUGAC